AUGAAGAUUUCCAAUAGCAAAUGCGCCAUUGCCCUUUUGGUGGCGACAACCUCGUCGUCCUGUGAAGGUUUCCUGCAGCCACUUUCCCUGUCGACGCGCAAAUCGUCGCCUACUUCAACUUCGUAUCUGCAAUAUAAUACGAAGGAAAGCAACGACGAUGAUAUCGUCAAGGCUGCCAUCAACGAAGAGGAAGUCACACGACAGUUCUUGGAAGAUCCUGUAGUCAUGAUUCCAGAAGAGGACGAACGAGGAGGAGUCGACACUCCGCCUGCUUUCUUCACCAAGGUUGCCACUACCGACAAGAAAAAGAACAACAAGAACAAGAACAACACGAACCAAGUCAAGAUUGCUGAAAUCAAGAUCGAGGAAGGCAAUAUUGAUAUUGUUGCUGAAGAAAAGAAGGAAUCAGCGGAUGAUAAGAAUCAGGGUGCCGAACAGGCGUCAGCUGAAAUUGAAGCAGAAGCCGUCGCGAAGCUUGCCGCCAAAAAGGAGGCUUCUAAAAUCAAGGCUGCUGCUGAAGAGGAGGAAGAAGAAGAAGCUGCAAGAAUUGCCGCAGAACUCAAGGCUGCCGAAGAGGCUGAAGCUGCUAGAAUCGCUGCGGAAGAAGAAGCUGAACGCAUCGCUGCGGAACUCAAGGCCGCUGAAGAAGCGGAAGCUAUUCGUAUUGCCGAGGAAGAAAAGGCAGCCGAAGAAGCCGAAGCUGCACGCAUUGCCGCGGAAGAGGCUGAAGCUGCUAGAAUCGCUGCGGAAGAAGAAGCCGAACGCAUCGCUGCGGAACUCAAGGCUGCGGAAGAAGCCGAAGCUGCCAGACUAGCCGAGGAAGAAGCCGAGCGUAUCGCUGCUGAACUUAAGGCCGCUGGAGAUGACGAAGCUACUCGUAUCGCCGCUGAGAAAAAGGCAGAGGAAGAAGCGGAAGCUGCACGUAUCGAGGCUGAGACUGCCAGAAUCGCUGCCGAAGAAGAGGCGGAACGAAUCGCUGCGGAACUCAAGGCUGCAGAAGAAGCCGAAAUUGCUCGUAUUGAAGCCGAAGAAAAGGCAGCCGAAAUCGCUGAGGCGACACGCAUUGCCACGGAAGAGGCCGAGAUUCACAGAAUGGAAGCGGAAGAGGAAGCCGAACGCAUUGCUGCCGAACUCAAGGCUGCUGAAGAGGCCGAGGCUGCUAGACUAGCCGAAGCCAAGGAGGCUGCCGAAAAGGAGGCUGCUCGAAUCUUGGAGAAGACAAAAGAAGAAGAGGAGCAAGCAAAGGUUUUGAAAAUCAAGGCCGAAGCAGAAGAAGCUGCUGCACCCGUAGCAGAAGAAGCAGUGGCUGAAGAACAAGAAACUACUACUACUACUGCUAGUAAUGAAGAAGAAGAAGAAAAAGAAGCUGCUCCUGCUGCGGAAGAACCCGUAACUCCUGGUGGCAAGGUCAUCGUUGGUGGUGUCUUUGCCCGAGCCCCCCGAUCGCCCUAUGCCACAUCCGGCAGCUGGUGGGAUGAUCCACGGGGUGGACUCCUUCACAGUGGUGGUGGCAGUACCAGUUAUGGAAGAGCUGACAAUGCGGGAUGGGGGACGAAUUCUACUGGUGCUCCCUAUGAUAGAGAACCAGGAAGCAACUGGUACGAUGGAACGCGGUAA